AACACUGCAAUCCGUACAUGUACGUACGCAGUCAAUAUCAUACUGCCAUUGAAACCAGUCCUCAGAUGAGUCUCGCGUUGUCAAACAAAUCUUGAAUUUUAAUUACUCUAUUUUAUUGGUGCCAAAUAAACGCACUGAAAGCAGAAGAGGGAACCCUUAUUAAUUGCAUAAAAAAUAAGUGUAUUAACGUUUUAAAAUAGUGAAACAAUGUCAUUCGCCAGUGUUUUCCUUGUGUCUGUUACAUUGUGUUUGGCGUGUGUAGAGAGCAGCCAGUACCGCACUGACUAUGAGUACAGCCACGAAGCGGGCGGCUGGAUGAAGUUCCACCUAGUGCCGGCCACCUUCACUGAUGCAUUCCUGAGGUGUAAAGCUGAAGGGUCAAACGUAGCAUCUCCAUUGACUAUAGAUCUGCAGCAAGCCAUGAUGAAAUUUGCCAAAAAUCACACUGACUCUUGCGGCAUCUUCACUGGAGUGCACGCGGUCUUUUCUAAAGGAGAUUUCGCAACCGUCGAAGGCAUUCCUCUCUACAAGCUACCAGUCACAUGGGCUCCUGACGAACCAGACAACUAUGAGAACAAUGAGGAUUGCACCAUCAUGCUGCAGAACGGGUCACUAGCUGAUGUUCGCUGCAACGACACCUAUCCCUACAUUUGCUAUAAGAAGAAAACUGAUAACCCGGUUCUAACACCAUGUGGAACCGUCGAUAAAGAAUAUGUCCUGGACGCUCGCACCGGAAGCUGCUACAAGUUCCACACAGCUGGACGUACCUGGAGACGUGCUUAUAUGACUUGUAUGGCAGAGGGGGGGUACCUAGCCAUCAUCAACGGCGAUACCGAGGUGCAGGUCAUCAAGGAUGUCUUCGCAAAACACCCGAAGGAAAAAAUUGGGUCUGCUUACAAAGAUGUCGCCUCCAUAGGGUUUUACAGUUGGGGAGGACACGGCAACUGGUAUACUGUUCACGGUGAAUCUCUUGAAAAAGCUGGUUAUUCGACGUUCGCAAGUGGCCAGCCAGACAACAACAAGGGUUUAGACAAAGGUUCGUUCUGCGGAGGGGUGUUCCGUACAGGCCUCCUGGAUGACCUGUGGUGUGACAGCGCUCGUUUACCUUUCAUCUGUGAGAAGAAACCAGGCAGCUUGAUUCCUAAUGAACUUUAGAAUUAUGUAGUAUUUUUUUUAAUAAUAAUAAUUUAAUAUGAUAAUGUCUCUAAAUAUUAUAAUAUAAUUAUUGUUGCUCUAAAGCAACAAUAAUGGGGAAGAGCACUGUUUUCUUGUCCUCAGGGUAACCUUUUCCAGAGCACAGGGUUCACAUUAUCAUGUACGAAAAUGUAAAGUGGUUCCAAUAAACUAUUAUUAUUAUUAUAAUCCUUAAACACUAAAAUACAGUCAUUGUAGUACAUUGUAUUUUAUUACUCUCGAAUAUUAUUAUGAAACUGAGUGAAAUAACAAAUUUUAAAAACAAUGCUUUUAA